AUGGACAUCCAGGAGGAACGCCGUGGACUUCUGCAAGAUGAGGCCGACCAGGGCGAGCCGAGACCCGGGCUGAGGGACCAGGAGGAGCCGCUGUCAGAGCAGGACCUGUACCUCAGUCAGGUCCAGAACAGCCGGUUAUUUCUCGCCACUUUCGCCGCCGUCUUGGGGCCCCUGAGUUUCGGCUUUGUGUUGGGUUACAGUUCACCGGCCAUCCCAGACCUGACCUCCAUCGCAGACCCACGGCUGAGGCUGGACGCGGAUCAGGCCUCUUGGUUUGGGUCCAUCGUGACGCUGGGGGCGGCGGGCGGCGGUCUCCUCGGGGGUUGGAUGGUGCAGCGCUGGGGCAGGAAGUUCACUCUGAUGCUGUGUGCACUGCCGUACGUCUGCGGCUUCACUAUCAUUGUGGCGGCGCAGAACGUGUGGAUGCUGUAUGUGGGCCGUGUGCUCACCGGACUGGCCAGCGGAGUCACCUCACUUGUGGUGCCCCUGUACAUCUCGGAGACGGCUCACGAGCGCGUGCGAGGGCUGCUGGGCUCCUGUGUGCAGCUCAUGGUGGUGAUCGGCAUCAUGGGAGUUUACCUGGCAGGUCUGGUGCUGGAGUGGCGCUGGCUGGCGGUCUGUAGCUCCAUCCCUCCCACCCUGAUGCUGGUCUGCAUGUGCUUCAUGCCCGAGACGCCGCGCUUCCUGCUGUCGUGCGGCCGCAGGUUGGAGGCGGAGCAGGCCCUGCGCUUCCUGAGGGGCCCCGAGGCUCCUGUGGACUGGGAGUGUUCCCGCAUCGAGGAGAGCGCCCAGGACCAGGGCUCCGAGUUCAAGCUUUCGGACCUCCGGGACCCGGGCGUGUUCAAGCCCCUCCUGCUCGGCAUCAGUCUCAUGGUGUUUCAGCAGAUGACCGGAAUCAACGCCAUCAUGUUCUACGCUGAGAGCAUCUUUGAACAGGCCCACUUUGAGAACGGGGACUUGGGCUCCGUCCUGGUGGGAGUGACCCAGGCGGUUUUCACGGCAGUCGCAGCCGUCGUCAUGGACCGCGCCGGGAGGAGGCUGCUGCUCAUCAUCUCAGGAUCGUCCAUGGCCCUGAGCACGGCAGCGUUUGGUGUUUACUUCUACCUCUUGAACCAGCCUGAGCCGCCCACAGAUAUGGCCUGGCUCGCCCUCCUCAGCAUGGGAGUCUUCAUCACAGGCUUCGCUCUAGGCUGGGGGCCAAUCCCGUGGCUCGUUAUGGGCGAGAUUCUCCCGGUCCGAGUCCGAGGUUUUGCAGGAGCCGUCUGUGUCCUCACCAACUGGGGCAUGGCCUUCAUCGUUACCAAGAACUUUCAGGACAUGAUGACGCUGCUGACCAGUGCCGGCACAUUCUGGCUCUUCUCGUUCAUGUGUGUCCUGAACCUCGUCUUCACCACCGUGUGCCUCCCUGAAACUAAAGGCAAAACUCUGGAGCAGAUCGAAACCCUUUUCAGAGGCCGACCACAAACACGGCAAUAA